AUGGACCAAAGAGCCAGCCGCCUGCUCCGUGCUCCCUGCACCAGCACAGCCUGCAUAGGCGUCCAGCUAUGUCCUCGCAGGCGCGCAUCCGUCACCGCUCACCAGAGAAGCAUGUCCCCGGCGAGGGGCAGAGGUGACACGGGCUGGGACCCGACAGGCGGGCAGAACCGGCAGAACGGCCGCGACGACGAGGACGAGUCUUCCACCUUGCAGCUCCGGUCCGAGGCGCGCAUGAAGCCCGAGGAGAGGGCGCGGAAGGCGGCGUUCGAGCGGCACGAGAACUUGGAGCGGUGCAUCGCCAACGUCGACGGCAGCGGCGAGAAGGUGUUCCGAGCGUUGGUCAACACCAGAGUGUCCUUGCUCAACAUUCUCAGCCCGGGCUUCUGA